AUGAAAUUAUUUAUUUUGAUUUUAUACCUUAAUUUAAUCGCAUUUUCUUCAUCUCACUCUCACAAGCCAUCUCCACUAACACGCCUCUCAAACCCAAAUGACGUCGCCAUUGACGUUUUACCCAGAGAUCCCCACACGUGGCCGUCGCUAGCCAGCAGACACGUUGAUACCUCCCCCGCAGUAAAGUCCACCGAUAACCUCCGCAUCUCUUUUCUUCUCGACGGCGAGCAUUUCAAUCUCCAUUUGCACCCAAAUGAAGACUUAUUUCACCCACACGCACGCGUCAACUACCUCAACAAGUCCGGCCAUGUCCAUCACUCUGAACUCCUCCAAAAGGAAAAUUUUAGAGUCUAUCACGGUUACACUGUCUCCUCAGAGCACUCCGAUAGACGCGUUGCUGAAGACGCAGCUAGAAUUAUAAGGAAUUAUGAUUUUGGUAAUAUUUUCACCCAAGAUGAUAUCAUACGUGGGCGUGCUAAUAUUAUGAUUCACGAUGACGGCGUUGAUUCUGGCAGCUCGCCGCAAUUUGAAGGUUCAUUCACUUUCGAUAGCGAGCUUUAUCACAUCAAGACACCUUCGUCUUACCUUGCUAGCAAGGGCGACGAUGACCCCUCGCCAUCCUACCAUCCAUCCAGGCUGAUAAUAUUUAAAGAGAGUGAUACUGUUGAGCGCACAAAUACCACACUCACCGCGACUUGCGGUACUGACAGUACACACUACCCUUCACUCGAACCAAUCGAACCACUAACACCAUUCACUAUGGUAGAGGAGCAGCCCAGCUGGACAUUGUCUUUAAAGAAAUGGCUCGACGUCUUAUUCGGUACAGAGACAGCCAAGCCAUACGUACGCUUCGCUCCAAUCGACGACCACACACUUGAUCGCGCAAUCACGCAAGCCAGAGACCGCUACAGCAAGCGUGCAAAGAGACAGGGCACCGGUGAUGUCAGCGGUGGUAAUGACGAGCCUGCGUCGAGCUACGUCGAUACUAUCGGCAGCACAGAGGGCUGUCCUACCGAACAGCGCCUGCUCUAUAUGGGUUUCGCUGCUGAUUGCACCUAUGUCGAGAACUACGAUAAUGCCGAGAAGGCUCGCACGCAGAUCCUGCAAGAUGUCAACCAGAUAUCGGGACUAUACAAGGAUAGUUUCAAAAUAUCAUUGGGCGUUGUAGAGCUUAAUGUACAGGAGCCUGAAUGUCCUGAUACUCGCAACGAUACCGUCCCAUGGAAUCAGGCGUGCGGUGGUGAUGUAGAGCUCAAUGAUCGUCUCUCACUAUUUUCUGCUUGGCGAGGCCAGAAGGGAGAUGACGGGAUAGGGUUGUGGCAUCUAAUGACGAAUUGCAAUACGGGCAGCAAGGUCGGCGUUGCGUGGUUAGGCACACUUUGCCAGCAGGAUGUGCGCUCUCAGAGCUCGCAGUCUGUUUCUGGCACGGCAGUGACGACGAUAACGCGCAACCAGUGGGCUGUAGCUGCGCACGAAAUCGGGCAUAACUUCGGUGCGAUCCACGACUGCGACGAUGGGUGCAGUUUUCAGCAGUCGUGCUGCCCACUAAACAGUGACACGUGCAAUGCGAACAAUAACUACAUCAUGUCCGCGACCAAAUCGGACAGUGCAACGGGAUUCAGUGACUGCUCCAUUGGCAACAUCUGCUCGGCUCUGGGGAGUGGCCAGACUAGCACAUCCUGCCUCCUCGACCCUUCCAGCGCGGAUCGCGAAAUAAAGAGUCUAAAGCAGUGUGGGAAUGGCAUCUUAGAGGACGACGAAGAGUGCGACGGAGGUGGUGAAACUAAUUGCUGCACAGAUCAGUGUAAAUUCAAGAAUGGCGCGGUUUGUGACUCUAGUACUGACGGUUGCUGUAAUGAUAACUGCCAAUUCGCUUCAUCUAGUCAAGUAUGCAGGCCGUCGAUAGACGAUAAGUGCGACAUGGAGGAGAAGUGUACGGGCGACUCUGGUAAAUGUCCCGAUGAUGAGUAUAAAGAGAAUGGAAAGGAUUGCGGUGACGGUAAGCAUUGCGCUACAGGAUUGUGCACUUCAGAAGACGAUCAGUGCAAAUCGGCUGGAUCAUCUAUGGGUCUCACUAGCUCAUGCGAUAUGGGAGGUGACACUACGUGUCUGGUGACAUGCGAGAAUCCAUCAGGUGGUGGAUGCGUAAGGAUUCAAACACCACUUAGAGAUGGCUCGCAGUGUGGAUAUGGAGGGACUUGCGAGAAAGGUGACUGUAAGCAAGGUAGUUGGCAGGAUAUCUUCAAGAAUUGGUACAGGCAAAAUCUGCAAAUAGCUAUACCGGUAACAAUCAUUAUUGCAAUUGUGGUGAUAUUGGUGGUGUAUGGAAUAUUUAGCUGCAUCUUUGGUGGAUGCUGUCGUCGUAGAAGACCUGGAUAUAUGGCAGCAGCACCACUUCCAACCAAACGGAGAAGGAACAAACUAUUCUCGAGAGGAUCACCGGGAAUGGGUGGUGGUGGGAGUGGAUACAAUAAUUACUCACCACCUUCGUAUCCACCUCCUGGUGGGUAUGGGUACGGGGAGGCACCAUACUACCCACCACCUUCUGGAUACGGUGGGGGACCAUACUAUCCGCCACCACCAGCACCGCCACCACAGCAGUCACCGAUGCAAGAAGAUGUACCUCAUCACUGGGUAGAUCCGGCGGUGUAUAAUGGGCGGGAGUAUGGGAGAUAG